AUGCUUAGAAGAGUUGUUUCUGGUAGUAUUCCUGUGGCUAAAAUAGCAGUCUUGUUAAGCAGAAGAAAUAUCUCAACAGAGUCUAAAGACCUCACAAGUACAGGUCGACCGCAACAACCACAGCCACCAGCUGUUCCACAUAAUGAACCAAUUCUUCCAAUGGACUUUAGCCCACAUAUUGAGUGGUUUGAGUACCCAAAAGAGAUAUUUGAUCCAAAGUACCCGUAUACACGUGAGGAAAGUAUUCGAAUGACAGAAGAAUCUUGGGAAAGUACAAUGGAUGAAAUGGCUAGUAGGUAUGGUAUGCGACUUAACAUGUCUACAAAACCAACAUUUUGGUUAGCAUGGAGUAUAAUGGUUUUUUAUUCAUGGUAUACACUUUGGGGAUGUUAUCGAGCUAUGGGUACAGAACCUGGAUGGUCACAUUUUCGUAAUAUUGUUCUGAGUCAACCAAAUGUUCCUACACUAGAAGAAGAUGAUAUUUAUCUAGAUCAAUGGAUUCGGCCAGAGAUUCGUGAGAAACAUGCCAAAUAUGAAAGAUUCUGGAAUUGGAAACCAUUAGUAAAACGUGAUGGGGCACAAACAAGUUGGAAGAUUCCCAUGCAAUAUCAGGAUGAAUCAGAAUGGAGACAUAUGACAAGUGAAAACUAA